AUGACAUUUUUUGAUCCGACCCGCGGAACGGAACGGAACUGCCGUAGAGGUCUUGAUAUGGCCGUAGUGGUCUGUAAGACGCCAGAGGAUGAAGAUGAUGUCUUGGAGGCGCUUCAGACGCAGCAGGGCGUGGAAGCGGCGGUACCGGAUACCUGGGUUCAGCUGGAUGACUUGCCCAAGCCGCCGCGCGGCCCGACACCACAGAGCACGGAGAUGUGUGACGCCAACCCACGCUGCAAGGCCUGGGGGCUUCAAGAUGCCUGUUGUCCAACCAGAGACGGUUUGUGGAUGGAGUGUUGUGAUGACCGACCACCGCCCAUCGACAAAGAACGACACGGCUUCAGCACCAUUUCUCUCCUCAGCUGGCACGGUGGAUAUCUUGCGGCCAUGCGCUGGGGGGCCGUAGGCUUUUACCCCAGCAUGGAGCAUCAGGACACACGUUUCUUUGUAGUGCCCCACGUUGAUGGCUACGUGUCCCUGAAGAAUCAGCACGGAGCCUACCUGGUGACCACGCCCAGUGGACGCAUCGCGUGCUGGCAUCGAGGACAUGGUGUGGCGGAUGACUUUGAGAAGUUCAAAUUCAUCUACAACAAGGAUGGCAGCGUGUCGCUUCGUAGCAAGUCCUCGGACAAGUACCUGGCCGCGGAGCACCCGAAAUGGGGCGUGGCCACGGCGGACCGCGAGGAGAUCGACGACUGGGAGAAGUUCAACGUCACCACGGUGCACGGCUGGGACACGGUGAUCCCAAACGAUGAAUCUUUUGAAAAACUCUGGGGCAUGAACCACUUCGGUGGUCGAGACAUCGACGCGGUUGAAGCGUGGCGAUUUUUCCCCGCACCGCCCAGCAACAACGUGGUGGUGGCAGUGAUCGACACAGGCAUUGACUACACGCAUCAAGAUCUCAAAGAGAGGAUGUGGACCAAUCCAAACGAAAUCCCGGACAAUGGAAUCGAUGACGAUGGCAACUUGGACCACAGAGACCAUGGCAUUGGCGGAUUGGAGACCAAGAUUAAGGGCAACGGCAUCAUCGACGACGUCUACGGCGCGGACUUUGCCAACGACGACGGGGAUCCGUUUGACGACCAGAUGCACGGCACGCACUGCGCUGGGACCAUAGCAGGCCAUGGCAACAAUGCCGAGGGCGUGGCCGGAGUGGCCUGGGCCGGCGUGCGGCUGAUGGCGCUGAAAUUCCUGAGCGCUUCAGGGGGCGGCCGCACGUCGGAUGCCAUCAAGUGCCUGAACUACGCUGUGGCCAUGGGUGCCAAGAUCACCAGCAACUCCUGGGGCGGGGGCGGAUCCUCCUCGGCCAUGCGGGUGGCCAUUGAACGCGCCCAGCGCGCUGGUGUGAUGUUCAUCGCGGCAGCGGGCAACGAGGGCUCCGACAACGAUGCCAUCCCGCACUAUCCCUCCAACUAUGCGCCGUCGAACAUCAUUUCCGUGGCAUCGACCACAAAGACGGGCUCCUUGUCCUCCUUCUCGUGCUAUGGCAAGGAAUCGGUGGACGUCGCAGCACCCGGAAGCGGCAUCUACUCCACAGUUCCGGGGGGCAAAUACGCCUCCCUCAGUGGCACCUCAAUGGCCACGCCACACGUCUCGGGUCUGGCGGCGCUGAUUUGGCUCUUCCGACCGCAGCUGACCAUGCCACAGAUCAUCGAAAUCAUCUUGGACUCAGCAACACGAGAAGAUGCGCUUCAAAACAGCAGCGCCACGGGCGGGCGCAUCAACGCCCGAAGUGCCUUGAUCUUGGCGUCAACCUAUGAGGGUUCGCGACCUCCAGUGCACAAGCCACAGGCCUUGACGUUUGAAGAUAGCGACCCGGGGGUUGGGAUCAUGGGGGGGGAUGCGGUGAUCACCUGUGCAGCCGAUGAGAGUGACAUCAGCUUCUACAGUAUCCAUCUCAUCUCUGGAGCGGGAUUCUUGUUGGACACCAUCGCCACGGUGGACGCCACGGGCGCCGCCACGCUGACGGUGCCCUUGGCGAAUCUGACGCUGACGAAGUACGCCCAGGGCCUGGCGGUGGUGGCGGGCAACGCCACGGGCAGCGCGGGGCCCGACUCGGCGGCCACGGCGAAAAUCAAGGACUACUGUGUUCCGCUCUAUGGCCCCAGCGAUGUCCAGUGGAUGGGCGACGCCGACGGGCGCCUGGGCUGGGUGGGGGGCAAGAUCCAGUUCCAACGUGCAGAAUCGGAGAAGUCCCUGACGCAUUACAACGUCUAUUGGCACAGCGCCGCAGGUCAAGGUACCACCAAGUCUCACUUGCCAAAAAAAGGACCACUUUUGAACAGUUUGCCGCAAGGCGACCUCAUGGGGAAGGUGCCCGCCAACGGCUUCAGUCGCCCUCAAUGCGAGGUGGAUUGCCACUUGUUGGACAUCAGCGUGAGCGGCACGACCUACACCUUCCACCGUGGUGCCUACGACAACGAGGAGUUGGCCAAAAUCCACUUCAGUGGGCCGGCCUUGAUGACCACCACCAGCUUCAGGACCGAGAAGUACUACGACUUUCUGGAGGUCGGGGAUCGGCAGCUCUCUGGCACGAAACUGGCCUUGCCGAUGAACAUCAAGCUGCCCAGUGCGGGCACCCAAUGGAUGGUGAAAUGUGAUUGGACUAGGAAGAAGGCUGGACGUUUCAUCUCACCCAGACGGGCACCACUGUCCUUUGACCAAAGUGACCUUUUAGGUGACCCAGCGGACUUCGAGGUGCCAUCGAUGCAGCCGCCCUCGAUGGAACUCCAGGUCGUUGCCGCCUUCGAGGAGACGGAGGGCGCCGCAGCGGCCUAUGGAACUCUGAAGGACUUUGAUGCCUCGGUCAUGGCACCAUCACCAGCCUUGGUGGCACGCAACUUAAGUUUCCUCGAUGAGAAUGUGCAGGAGAAGCUGAUCAAGGGCCGCAUUGAGUUCUUCCCUCCCUCCAUGGGAGCUGAUGCGGUCACCUUCUACCACGUCUAUUUCGCCGACGUGGAUGGCAUUGCGCAGUGGACUGAGUACUCGUGGACCCUGGAGGCCCCAAAAACGGCCAAAGAGAUGCUGCAGAUUGACCUGGACCUGGAACUUCCCAGCGCCGCAGUGAGCAUCGUGGCGGUCAGCGGCAACGCGCACGGCGAAGGCGCCAAGACCUGGAUUCCACUGCGGGACAUUGUUCGCAGUGCGCCAGCGAACGCCAGCUUCUCGGGCGAUUCCGAUCCAGUAGCAGAUCAAGUACGCGGGGAUUUGACCAUCGUUCCCGCCCCCGUGCCGACGGGCAUCACCAGCUAUGCCGUGUAUUUGGGGAACGGAACGAAGAAGGACGGCCUGGAGUCGUACCAGCGGAGUUUGAUCAUUGUCAGCGCCUAUGACGACUUCGAGAUGGAGGAGGGCGUCAUCGUGGAGUUUGAAGAUUUGGUGGAUGACUCCACCUUCUUCCUCCUGGGGACGCGUUCCGGUCGUUCCCUGAGUGAAGAAAGGUCGGAGCCAGUGGAGCCGUGGUUGCGACAGCCUGAGAUGGGAUGGGAUGAGAGGCCGGGGGGUUCGUGUGGGAAACUCUUGGCGCUGCGACCCCCCUGCGACCACUCGAUUUUUCACCAUUUUAAGUUGACUCCAACAGGGGAUUGGAGAAUCCAGAUGCAGAUUGCCGUGCUUGUUGGAGCAGAACUCUAA